AUACUUUGUUGCUGCAAAUUCUGUAGUGUGUCUCUUCACUCUGUUGACACUCAUACUCAACUUUCUGCUGGGACAACAAUUACUAAUGCGGAGGGACUAUUAUUUCUAUCUAUUCACACAUGAUAUGGUGGUGACGGUGCUAUUGAUGUCUGGAUGCGCCGCAGCAACAGCAGUUGGCUAUGUGGGUCAGUACGGGCAGGAUCAUAUGGGUUGGCAGCCGCUGUGUGAUCAUGUUGCCAAGUUCUGCAGAUCCACUUUGGUUUCUAUUUUGCUCUCUUAUUUCUCCUUCUUUUCCUAUUUCGCCCUCUCUCUCUUGGAGGCAUAUUCUUCCAUCUCUUCUCCUUUCCCUUCUCCACACUAAGUUAAACUCCAUGCAUCAUUCAUUAAGUUAAUCCAAUAGUUAAAAAUUUAAAUUUACAUGUAUUUAAUCGAUGCACUGUUCUAUUGUCGUCUUCGACGUUGAGCUCUGGUUGCCAUAGUGGUCCCUCGACCCCAUUUUCGACAGUGACAGCAAAUUGAGGGAUGAACUAGCACUUCCUUAUCAGGCAGAACAAAUUGAUGCACAAUAUGAAUCUCAGAAACCACUUUAAAAAUUUAAUCCGGAGUAUAUCUUGUAUGAUGUUUAAGAGUUUUGCUUUUCUUGUCCUUAGUCUAUACAUAGGCCAGGCCGUGGCUAAUAUAGUUUUUUUUAAAAAAAAAGAUAUUAUUGUUAUAGGUAGAUUAGUAAGCAGUUGAGUUUAUUGUUAUGUUAUGUUCAUGUAUGUAAUUUUGGGGCAGAAAUUUUAGGCUAAGUGUCUGCUUUAUUCGGGCAAGAAUAGCACACACAGCGUUAGGAUCGGAGAAGGAAGUUUACGAAUGGUGACAAUAUUAUUAUUAUACCUUAAUAUCAUCACUUCGCUUUCCGUUAA